AUGAAACACAGUUGGUUGAAGCCAUGGAUGUGGAACCUUGGAAGCAGAGAGUCAGCUGUAAAAUUAUACAUGGAUUUUUUAUUUCACAGGAUAUUGGCACCUCUAACCCUUGCUGUUGUUCAAGACUCCACUAUAUUAUCCUCUCCUACAACUAUGACUUGCCGCUUUCCAGGUGGUGCUAGUGGUAAAGAACCAGCCUGCCAGUGCAGAGAUGCAGGUUCGUCCCCUGGGUCAGGAAGAUCCCUGGAGGAGGACAUGGCAACCUACUCCAGUAUUUUUGCCUGGAGAAUCCCAUUGACAGAGAAGCCUGGCGGGCUAUGGGCAUUAGGGUUGCAAAAAGCUGGACAUGACUGA